CUUCCCCAGCCAUCCUCUCCUUUCCCUUAAUUCCAUAUCUAUGUCGUUAGGAGACGGAGGGAUCCUUGACCUACUGAAGAGCACCGGUUAAACAGGAGGAAGGUUUCAUGUUAGCUCCCCUAAUGUAAAAGGCUUUUAUCUUUUCUGGGGUCACGAUCACCAAAAGGAGUAAAAGGAGGUGUGAAGUGUACACAUAAGCCUGUCGGCAGGAGGGAGGGCAUGCAGGAGAAGAGGAGAGGAGGCAGAGAUAUGUUUGGAACGCCGAGGAGUGAGACCGACUGAAGGAAAGAUCAGAAGAUCACAUCGGUGAGCUUCUGGACCGGCUACGGCCACUUGUGGGCCAAGUGGAGAGGAAAUUAGAUCUACAUACGCACACAGCUGGACAGAUGAGGAGGCAUCAGAGACCACUCUUCAGUCCUGGGUGUCUGGUGCACUGACCCUGCCUGUAUCAGGCGAGGAGUCAGAUGACCAGCGCCAUGACUGACUCCCCUGGCCCUGGUGGUCGUGCCUUAGUGCCAUGGCCAAGGUUAUGGAAAUGGAUUCUGGCUUUCUUGCUGGUCUCUGUCAUAGCUUUGACUUUGCCAGAGAGCAGCCAGGCCUGUCCUCCACGAUGUGAGUGUUCAGCUCAGCUGAGGUCUGUGUCAUGUCAGCGGCGGCGCCUCACAAACAUCCCAGAAGGCAUUCCAACUGAGACACGGAUCUUGGACCUCAGCAAGAACCGGCUCCGUUGGGUGCAGGCAGGUGAUCUGGCACCCUACCCUCGGCUGGAGGAAGUGGAUCUUAGUGAAAACCUCAUAGCCACAUUAGAGCCCAAUGCCUUUGCCGCACUUCUGAAUCUUAAAGUCCUGAAGUUAAGGGGAAACCAGCUGAAGUUAGUCCCUAUGGGGGCAUUUGCCAAGCUGGGCAAUCUCACCAGCCUGGAUUUAAGUGAAAACAAGAUGGUGAUUUUAUUGGACUACACCUUCCAGGAUAUGAGGAAUCUGAAACAGCUAGAAGUUGGAGACAAUGAUCUGGUUUAUAUAUCCCACAAGGCAUUCUCAGGACUUCUGGGAUUGGAGGAUCUCACAAUAGAGCGCUGCAACCUCACAUCAAUCUCUGGCCAGACAUUGUCCUACCUCCACAGCCUGGUCACUCUUCACCUUCGACACCUUAGCAUCACUGCCCUUGAGGAUCAGAACUUUCGUAAAUUGACUAACUUGCGGGGUCUGGAUAUUGAUCACUGGCCAUACCUUGAGUAUAUCUCAACACUUAGUUUUCAGGGCCUUGACCUUCACUGGCUCUUCAUCACCAACACCAACAUCACCUCUGUCCCUUCUGGCUCCUUCAAGAACCUGGUGCACCUCACCCACCUUAAUCUGUCUUACAAUCCGAUCUCCACACUAGAACCUUGGGCCUUUAAGGACUUGCUGAGGUUAAAGGAGCUCAUCAUGGUAAGCACUGGGUUGCUGACGGUAGAGCCUCAUGCCCUUGGAGGCCUCAGACAGAUUCGAGUACUCAACUUCUCCUCCAACGACCUGCAGACUCUGGAAGAGGGGUCCUUCCACUCUGUUAACAGUCUGGAGACCCUCAGAGUGGACGGGAAUCCCUUGUUGUGUGACUGCCGUCUGUUGUGGAUCCUGCAAAGACGCAAGACCCUCAACUUUGACGGCAGGGUGCCAGUAUGUGCAGGCCCGGUGGAGGUGCAAGGGGUCAGCCUCAGCGCCUUCACUGAUUCUGCUCUCUUUGACCACUUUACAUGCCAGAAACCUAAGAUACGCAACCGUAAGAUGCAGCAGGUGGUUGCUCGGGAAGGCCAGCCAGUGAGUUUUGUAUGUCGAGCUGAUGGAGAUCCUACACCUGCUAUUAUCUGGAUCUCACCACAGCGUAGACGAAUCACAGCAAAGAGUUCAGGUCGUAUCACUGUUCACCCUAGUGGUACUCUGGAGAUUCGCUACGCUCAGCUUACUGACAGCGGAACGUACAUCUGCAUUGCUACAAAUGCUGGUGGCAAUGACACUUACUUCGCCACUCUUACAGUGCGAGGUCAGUCACUAGACUCUGCCUCCGCCUUCUUUAUUAACCGCUCUCUGUACAGCGGGGAGUACUUCAACGACACAAAUCUAAAUAGCACACGGGUUUUCCUGAAGUUUACCUUGGACCUGACCACCAUUUUGGUUUCAACGGCCAUGGGUUGCAUCACCUUUCUGGGAGUUGUUCUCUUCUGCUUCCUGCUGUUGUUCGUGUGGAGCCGGGGACGUGGCCAACGCAGGAACAACUUUACAGUGGAGUACUCGUUCCGGAAAUCUGAACCAACCACAGGGAGCUCUACAGGAGGGACCAGGAAGUUUAACAUGAAAAUGAUAUGAAACAACGCAGCCAGGGGUCCCUCAGGGGAGGCAUGAGCACGUCCCAAAAACGUGUUUGACACACGCAAACACACACAGCCGUUAACUCACAUAGAAGUUUGAAAGCACCAUAUAGCUCAUGUCUAUAGCUCUGUUCCAAAUUGAGUGCCCACUUCAAAACUAGAGUUGUGAUUUAAUUUGGCCUAUGUAUGAAAAUGAAAUGGGUUUAAUGUCUCCAUCUUGCAGUCAGUCAUGCUCGAUGAUAAUGGUGUAGCAAGAAAUAGCCAUCAAUGAUUACUGAAAUGUGCAACAUGAACAGCAUUUUUUGGUAACUUUACCAGUGAAAAAAAAAAAUCUGAGAUAGGUAAAGAACGUCAUGGAGACCAUCAAUAUAAAUAUUCAUUUGGUGUUUACUUCUUUAUGAGAUUCCACCCAAAUAUGAGCUGUGUGAGUUUGGGACGAGUGCGACGGCCAAGAGCUGCUGUGGCUGCCUGUGAGUCAGAUGAUUAAAAAUCAGGAACACCAGACACAGGCUACCACAGCAAACAAAGACACCAAUGCAAGAGAGAGCAAAUGGUCCAGGUUGAUGUGCACAGGGGUGUAUUCUGAGUAGUAGUAGCAAGAAUACAUAAGCCUUUUGACCUGUGUUUACGGUCCACUGCACAAACCACUGUAUACCGGUUCUCUGCUGCAUUGAUGGCCACCUAACCUUCCUGGUGCUGCCCGGGGGGAGCAGCCUGGAGAGUUUGGUUAAACUCAGAGGCAGAGACAGGACACGUAGUUUCACAAGACAAACACUUCUCCAAACUGGGGAUGACACGAAGUAGAUCACAUAUAGCAGUUUUUCUCAGGUAGAGUGACGUAACAAGCCAACAGAAUAAGAUUUUGUUUAACACAUUUAUUUGUUAAAUGUAACAUUCCCGCAAUACUGUAUGUAUAGCCAUAUAGCCAACACUCAGUCUCCAAGAGGCAAUGGAAAUUUGUGAGUGAAGAAACAAAGCCAUAGUUUGUGUAGGUUGAAUUUUUUAUAGACUGAGCAUUUAGUUAUGUAAUUAUCACUACUGCCAUCUUACAAGCUGUCCCGGUGUUCACAAGACCAUCUGGUGUCACUGGGUUUGUAGUACAGAAUUACACAAACACGUAGGAACAACAGUCAUACAUAGCAUACACAAGCACAACGCAUGUCUAUAAUUGUGAUGCUGACUUCUCUUUCUGUCUCUGAGACAGCUGCCGCACAAAUGUCUCUGCCCCCUUGCCCAGUGCAUCCCCCCCAUCACCCCCUCCCCCAUACACCCCCACUGGGUCCUCCUUUGGGAGGGUCCCUGGCUGGAGACCGAGGAUUUAAAUGUAAAUGAAGUUGUGUUCACCCUACCCACACCAUGUGCAUUGUAUAGUGGAGAGUAGUACUGUGGUCUUAAUGGCAAAAAAUAACAAAAAAGGUUUUUUUAAGUGUGACGUUGCAUAUUUGUUUGUCCCUUAUUUUUAUUCAGUUCAGUUGUUGUUGUCUGUGAUCUACUGAAUGUUCACUGUUUUAAAGUACCCCGCCCUCCAUGGAUGACUAUUCUGUUCUCAACACCUUGUAAAGUAAACUAAAUGAAGCCUGUGAGCAUUAGUCUGUUUACUGAACCAAGGCUAAAAAAUAUGUCCAGAAACCCCAGUCAAUAUAAACCAAUGGUUAAUGUUGAUGAUAAAAAAUAGCUUAGAAAAACUAAACCAGGGGCGUUAAGUCCUUGAGGGCCUGUGGCCUGCAAGUGUCAGAUGUCUCUCUGCUUUAGCAGACCUGAAUCCAUUAAUUAUCUCAUUAGUAGAACAUUGUAUAACUUGACUGCAUGCUGAGAAUGUAAUUCAGCCAUUUAAUUCAGGUGUGUUAGACCAGGGAAACAUCUUAAAGUUGCAGAACACUGGCACUCAAAGACCCGAGUUCACCACCUAUUAAUUAAACCAUAAAUUUUAUAUUCGUUCAUUUUACUUAUUGUCAAAAUAUCAAACAAGCAAAAUUCUCAGGUAGGUAGUGCCCACUGAGCUUUUUUUUCACACAGGACAAAAUACCAAUAUGAAUAGGCAUCUUUAUUCUUCAGGUGUAAAGCACACAGUCAGCAUUAAUGCUCUAUGCGAUAGCAUCGAAAAUUAGAACGAGGGCACGAGAAUAUAUUACACCCGAGUUGAGCACAUUCUCAGUGCAGGUCUGGAAGCCAUUAGGAUUUGCUAAUGCUGGUUUGAUUAGCCUCAGAUACCAAAAUUAAAAUCUCACAAUGGCACCACACCCAACCUAAUUAUGUUCUAGCUGCAAGUUGGAAAACCAGUGGAAUUUCCUGUACUUUUUGGUAAACUGGCUAAAUGCUGUUAGCAAUACAAGCCAAAAACAAGGUAUCUUUCAAUAUGUUCUACGAUAAAACACUGUAGCAAAGAGCUUUUAUUCGAGCCCUUUCCCUUUUACACAUGGUAGCUAUGUAAGGAUUGUACAAGUGGUUGGCCAGGGACCUCCAACACAAUGAGACACAAUUAGGACUUGGGGUGGAGAUUCUGUUUGACUUUUUCAACUGGAAACUUCUAAGUACAAAUCAAAAGCAGUAACAUCCCCGACUCAAGAGUCACAUGCAUUUAUCGUCACUCCUAUCACCAGUUAGCAGUAAUAAAUACGCGUCACAUGGAAGGAUAUUUUUCACUUCUUAUAGGGUGGCUAUCUACUAAGAGCAGUUUUUAAAAUAGAAUCAGAGCCUGCCUCACCGCUCUUUAUGUUACUUUUGUGACUUUUUUUUGGCAAAUUCUAUCUAUUUUGGUCAGUGUAAUUAAAUAACAGAUGCAAUCGAUUUAAGAAGCAUUGCUAAGAUUAGCUGGUUAAUACAUUACAUGCAAAUUACCAAAAAAAAUUUGAAAAAUCCAAGUUUUUUCUAUGGUUAUAAAUAUGGCAAAAAGAAAAUUAUAUUGAGAGUUGCAAAUUGUGUUCUAAUGACAUAAGGACAUGAAAGGGUUUUGAACCAUCUGUACGUGCAAAAAGUAAAUUGGUUACAUAUGUUUCUGAUUUAAGGAGGCCAUGCAGUGAAAAAGUUGGAGAACUCUGAUCAAAAGACAGACCUACUUUUUUAGAACACAUUCAUGGUUUGGGGAUAAUUUGCUGGAGGGGGGAGAAACUCUCUUAUUCCUUUAAGAUGAUUUAUGCAAAAUCCAUUUUUAUCCCAUGUCAGGGAUGAUGAAACCACACACUCUUUGUCAAGAUGAAUAACUAAACAGCUAUUUAAAGAUUCAUGAGACCAAAUGAGAAUUGAUGACAAAACUGGCCUAAUUUUGAACACUGCCCCUUAACUGCAGCCAUGUUGGCUGCCAUGGUUUUGAGAACAGGAUGUUGCCACCAUGGGAUGUCACUCCUCCCCAAACCAGCCCUCUGAUGUUUCCAUGUCCUGGUAUGUCUCAGUGAAAAUUAGGUUUAGAAGACAGUAAGAAUGUCUGUAGUGAUUGUUGACUAUUAUUGUGUAAACAUCAUGCAGAAAUGUAAGUGUAAUGAGAGUGUUUCAUUUAAUUUCCCUAUCUUACCUAUUCCCCUUUUUCCCCUGUCGUCUUCCUCUUUUCUUUCUGCCGUCUUCUUAGCAUUUCCGACCUCCGUCGUCCCUGUUCACAGUAUUAGGCUGGAGUAUGGUUGUGUGGUAGUAGACACAUGUUCUGUAUGGUCGGUGUUGUAGUGUAAUGAUUCGUCGCUACUCGUGAUGCCACCAAACACAGAGCAGUGAUUGAAUCAGCGAAGACUAGGAUGAAAGGGGUGACCCAAGUUCCCUGAAAACAACAACAACAAAAACUGGUUCCCAUGUCACACCCGACCAUUUCUUUAAAACCUCAUCUUGAACUUUACCAGACUGCACCUUGCCACUCUGGGAUGUAUUUUGGCUAUGAGAAUCCACGGACUGUACUGUAUGUAUGUUCUCUUGAUGAUAGGUUAUCAUACACUAUUUUACAAAUGUAGAAAGGAGUUUUUGUUCAUUUGUUUUUUGUGAAAACCUACAUUCAUUGUCUGCCUGCUCAUAUAGGCGGUCCAUUUAUUACAGUGACAUUUCUGAGAGUGGUUUGGGUUGGAAAGAAGCAAUUUUCUCUGUUCAAUCCUCAUAAAGCCCUUGAAGACUACAGAAACCACUUUAACAUGUGAUUAAAAAAAAUCUAUUGUGUACUUUUGACUUGAAAUGUCCUUGAGAUAAUUACAGAUUUUAGUGAUUUGUAAAACACUUUAAUUGAAAAUUCCUGGCAUGUCAUUAUUUUAAUACUUCUCUUUAAAAGGCACAUUUGCAUAACAUUUCACAGCAAAGCCUUCACCUUACUCUGGCUGACAGUGUCUGAUGUGUUUUGUUUUGCUCUGGUUGAGACCAGAUUUAUUUAUCUCUGCUGCUAUGGUUGUUUUAUAACAAGGCUAAAAUAAUACUGUGUUGCCUCCUUUGGUUUAUCCUUGCCACAGCUCAGUGAACUGUUUCCUAUAUGCAUUCCCUGCAAAAGUAUUCAUUCACCUUGAACUUUUUCAUAUGUUACCACCAUGAGAGCAAAAACCUGGAUUUUAUUGCUAUUUUAUGUGAACUAAGGCAGUGCACAAAUCUUCUACAGCAGCAGAGCAGAAAUCCUACAACAAGACACUUUCCCUUUGGGAACUCCUUAUUAACACAAACAAAGUAAACGCCAGACACUAUAAUUACACAAUUAUUAGGUACAAAGCCUGAAUUAUUUCAAUUUUGCUUUGUUCCACUGUUUCCAUGCAGCUCCAGAUUAUGUUAAGCAGUGCUGCUAUUAUUUUGAUAUUUAGUCUUACCUUUUAAAGCACUAAUUUCUACAGCAUUUCUCCCCACCUCUUUUAUUUCAGAUUCUGCUUUAGCUCGGAUUAAAACCAUCUCUCACUCCUACAGCUGCUGUUUUGAUUGGAUUAGAAUGGAGCUGAAUUUAUUAGAGCUAAGACGAGCAGUAAUGGGAUGACAGAGAAGUGAGUUCAUCUGAUUGGGUGAUUAUUUGCCUUAUUUCAUUUCCUCUAAGAAGACUGUGUUACUGAAAAGCUGGAACAAAAGAUCAUAGAAUCAGAUGGAAAUUGUAUCUACUGUCCUGGUUUACUGGAGGCAAACUGUCACUGCUUGCAGAUAUUCAGAAUUAUCUGGAAAGAGCUUUGCCGAAGCACCUUGGACAGAUAUUUGCUUCCUUCUAACCUGUAGGCCACUCUAGGCGCUGUAAGAAAUCUCGGCCUUUUAUAUGAUUACACUGUCACCAAGUGGUCAAAAUCGGCAACAGCAACAUUAAGGUGAUGCACCAGUAUUUUUUGUGGAGACAAAAUAAACAGAAAGGUUGAAAACAUAAAGAGACCAAACUGACUGUUAGAUUUUAGCAAUAGCAAUGGGUGUGUGGGGUCUGAUUUUAUUUUAUUUUUUUAAGUUAUGAGGAGUGAGCUUAAUUUGAUUACAAGCUGCAGGUCAGGCAGGGGAAAUCAGUCGGUAUAUUACAUCCAUGACAGAGACCCCAAGAAUCUCACAGCUCUUUUCUGUCUCGGAUCAGCGAAUGAUUGAUUCCCUGAAGAGCAAGCAGUGUUCUAGCUUGUGGUCUCAACAGGCUGAAUCUAUGCAUGCCUUUUGUAUAAAGUGGUUGGUAGUACCAAACUCAAACCUACACCUGGACCGACGGCAAGAGGUGCCAUUGUUGCUGCUCAUAAACAGAGAAAAUGCGCGCAAUCCAACUGAAGCAAGGGGAGAUUAAUUAUGCAUUUACAGAUAUUUAAAAGCAAGGUGCGUCUUAAAGGAGAAACAAGUGUUUACUUGGGUUGAUUGUACUUUUACACAUAUCUAGUCACAAACAAAUGAUCUGCCCUGACGUACAAACUGUAGAUAGAGCAAUUGAUAUUCCAGGCAGGUGGGUGGGACUGAUCAAUGCUGUAUGGGGAAAAGAUUAUUCAUCGGAUACUUUUAUUCAUUUUAUUUCAAUAUUGUCAGUCUCCUAAAGAUCUAUGGAGUUCGUACAAGGCCUGGAAAGCUCAUGUAGAUGUGGCUGGCACUCGUUCCCAGGUUUGCACUUUGAGAAAGAAUUUUCUUUUUGAUGUCCAAGAAGGCACCAGAUUUCUACUUGCUUUAUACUAUGCCUGAGCCAAUGUUUUAUAAUCAUCUAUUUUCCCCACAUUUUAGAGGAACCUUUUACAGGUUUAGUGCCAUAUUUGUACCAGAUCUCUACUGCACAUAAUAGCUACAACCUGAAAGCACAUUUCUUACAUUCUAUCCUUUUGUUUUCUGACUUUCUGCCAUAUUCUCUUUAUAGCGCCAACCUCUUUAAGCAUGCAUUCAUUGAUUUCUCUUUUUUAGGUAAUUGUAGCAAUGCUUAUUUCUCUCAGUCAUUCCUAACUCAUAAACCUAGGAAUGAGGGCCCAGGACUUUAAUUACAGCGAAUGCGAAGGUAUUCAUACCCCUUUACCCUAUUCAUACCAUUUUUUGUUUUAUUACAACCACAAAUCUCAUGUGAUAGACCAACAUAAAGUGGUGCAUAAUAAAAAAAAAAUAAUACAAACAUUUUCAGAUGUUUUUACAAAGACAAAUCUGGAAAGUGUGACAUUUGGAAUGCCCCUCAGUCAAUACUUUGUAGAACCACCUUUUGAUGCCAUUACAGCUGCAGGUCUUUUGAGGUUUGUCUGUGACAUUGUUGCCUAUUCUCCUUCUUCAAAAUAACUCAAGCUCAGUCAUUGGAUGGAUAGCAUUUGUAAACAGCAGUUUUUUCAUCUUGCUACAGAUUAUUGCUUGAAUUUUAGUCUGUACUUUGUCUGGGCCAUUCUAACAUACAAAUAUAUAAUGAUCAAAACCACUGAGUGUUAGCUCUGGCUUUAUGUUGAUAGUCAUUGUCCUGCAGGAAGGUGGAACUUCACUCAUUCUGUAGUCUUUUGCAGACUGUAACAGUUUUUGUUUCCAAGAUUUUAUGUAUCAACGUAAGGAGGGCAAAUGCACUCACAAUUGUCUGAUUUAUAUUUGUAAGAAAUUUUGAAAUCAAUGUAUAUUUUUCCUUCUCCUUCACACUUAUGGAUUACUUUGUGUUGAUCAGUCACAUAAAAUCCUAGUAAAAUCCGUUGAAGUUUGUGGAUGUAAAAUGACAAAUAUUACAAAAGAUCAAGGUACUAUAAAUGCUGAGCUGCUUAAAAGGGAAUAGUUUGAAUUGUCUAAUUAAAUUAUGUUUGAUAAUAACUCAUAAUUAGAUAUGAGUGGCAAAUUAAACAGACUGUUAUACAUAAAGUAUCAAAUUUAGAUUCUUUAGCUACAUCACCAUCUGACUGUACUUUUUUAAAGGCACAUUUUAUGCCAGAAUAUCUUGAUCCUUGGAUGACAGGAACAGAACGUGUACAUAUUAGAUCAAUUAGCCAUAUCAUGUCAUCAAAUCUGUAGACUUCCUUGCCAUGUCUAACAGAGGAAAAUGACUGUUGAACUGUAAAUAGUGUAGUUAUAAUAACAUAGGAUUUAACUACCGCUUCUUUCCUCCAGGGAUCACCCAGGUUUUGUUCAGUCCCACUGCUCUUUGGUCUCAAAGGGAAAGAUGAUAAUGUACUAUGUCUACAAAGAAGAUAUGAUUUGUUUUUUAUUUCAGUGUAUGUUUUAUAUACUGUUUGUCUUGUAAAUGAACUCCUCUUUCGUCAUAAAAGCAUGAUGUGACUAACUGAA